AUGGCUACCCCUCAAUUCUGGUCGACUCCUCUCCGCUACCUUCGCUGGGCCUCCUACGAGAAACCGGCUAUCUUUUACUCCCUCGUUAUCGGCGGUACCGGUCCUCUCAUGCUCGUCGGUCUGCCCCCAAUCCGACGUGCGUUCGGUGAUGUCGACCCCGAGCCCAUCCCAUUGACAUAUCCCAUCCCGCAAGGAACCCGAGUGACCCCCCAGGGCUACGAUGACGAGUAA